AUGGGUGGAGGAGCAGGUCAGAGACUUCCAGCGAGAUGUCCGGCUGCACGACAGAAAUUAGUGGAACGGCUGACGACCGUGCUAAACGAGGCCGAGCGCCUGCUCGAGACGACCGAUGUUCCCGCGGACAAUUCUGGCCGUUGCGAGCUACUGACCGAACGUAUCAAGACGUUCGCUACUUCUCUGGAAGAACUUGACAGAAAUCUGGAGACCUUGUUCACCGCUGAACCAGCGGAAGCCGAAUUGGAAGAGAUAUUGGAAUAUCAGGACCGCGCCCUUCCAGUCGACUUGGUCCUGAGCUUUCAGAGGAGACUUCACAGCGAGGCCGCGGACGCAACUGGAACUGCAGACGAUCGUCAUGAAAAGGUCGUGGGCAAACUACUAAAUUUCAUCAAAAUGGAAACUGAAUGCAGGCAGCACAUCGCAGCGGCAGAACGGACAGAAGAUCCUCAACGUUUUACACUCGAAAUUCGCAGGAACGACUGCCCUCCGCCGCAGCACUCGGUGCUGAAGCCAGGCGCAGACUUUUACUGGGCUGUUGUCACCGGCAAGCAAAUGCAGCUUCAGGGUAGCCUCAUCGCCCUCGAAACAACUUUCGGGUGGACUCUGCAAGGCCCUGCGGGAGAUUAUUCUUCGCCAGAGGUGAACACUUUCCACGUUGAUGUUUCUCGCUUCUCCGAAGACGACUUAGAUGAGAGGUUGCAGUCAUUCUGGGACGUGGAGCACCUCGGGAUUGCCGACGCCGCAGAAUCACUGGGUAACGAUCCCGUUCUACAGAGAUUCGAGGACAGCACUCUAUUGGAGAACGGUCGCUACAGUGUUGGGCUGCCUUGGCAGGACAACCUUGUCUCUAGGCUCAGGACAAACAAGACAACAGCCGAAGUACGUCUAAGAAACGCCACCCGCACUCUGUUGAAAGACCAGGCUGUAAUGAACGAAUACGAGCUAGAUAUUCGCCAGUACCUCGAGAACGGUCACGCUGAACGCGUAGAUGUCACAGCGCCAAAGGUUGGCCCGGAGUAUUAUCUCCCACAUCAUGCAGUGAUCCGUCGUGAAAGGGAGACUACUAAAGUACGCAUCGUAUUCGACGCCUCGUCAAAGGCACCUGGUUUGGUAUCGUUGAAUGACGUACUACACGCGGGUCCUAAUCUGAAUUCGGACAUUCUUUCUUUGCUGUUAAGGUUCAGGAUGCAUCCCAUCGCCCUUGUUUCUGAUAUAGAGAAGGCCUUUCUACAAAUUGGCCUUCACAAGCAGGACACCGACGCGUUGCGUUUCCUUUGGUAUUCUACGACGCCGGUUACUGGGCAAACCCUCCCCGACAUCGAAACUUGGCAGAUGACUCGAGUACCCGUUGGUGCCAGGUCCAGCUCUUUUCUUCUUUCCGCCACUAUUCGACAUCACUUACGGCAGUCUGAAUGGGACUACCCUGAGACAGCGGCACUUCUACAGGCCCAUUUCUACGUCGACGACUUGGUUGUCAGCGUGGAAACAUCAUCAGACGCAGAGAUUCUGUACCAGUACACGUUGCGAAUGGUUGAGGCCGCAGGCAUGAAAGUGAAGAAGUGGGUGACCAAUGAUGGGAUCCUAUUACGUCAGAUGUUCAACGACGGCAGCACAACCGUCGAGACGACUCAAGAUCAGACUAAGAAGGUGCUGGGACUUGUCUGGGACGUACACAAUGACAAACUACGAUGUCCUCUCGCAGCCAUUUUGGACUUUGUUGCAAACGAGACGAAUGACAAUAGGCACAUUUUACAGUCCGUAUCAGGGAUCUACGAUCCUUUCGGCUUACUUGCGCCCUUCACCAUUACUGGAGAAAUUCUGCUGCAAAGGAUCUGGGAGGCAGAGCUAGACUGGGAUGAUCUACUGCCAGAGGACAUAAAAUCAGAAUGGAAGGAGUGGUGUGCGGGAGUGGGAGAACUGGAGCAACUCUCUCUCCCUCGGUUCCUGAGAUAUUCGGGCACGGCCACGCCUAGGAAGAUGCACGUAUUUGUUGACGCUAGUCCCUUCGCUUACGGUGCGGUAAUCUACGUUGAAGCGUCAUCGAGCGACUCUUCUAGCAUGGAGUUCCUCGUCAGCAAGAGCAGAGUGGUUCCACCAAGCGCCAAACGCUGCCAAGGCUUGAACUUAUGGCAGCCCUUGUUGCCGCACGGCUUUACCGAUAUGUCUGCACUGCUUUGA